UCCGGUUUGUGAUCCAAACGCUUAUCCGUUUUGAGCCGAAAGAACUGUAGCCAGACUGAUCGAUAGACGACAACCAUCAUAGGAGAAAUGGCAGAAUUCAUGGAUAAAUUCAGCUCUUUCACCAUGACGCAGUUAAAUGAGUUGCUUGAAGACGAUGAAAAGUUAAAUUCUAUUGUCAAAGAAAUGAACGAGAUGUGUGAGGUGCAGCAGGUGAAAGAGCUGACCCUGGUCAGUAACAUCAGUCUGGCAGAACAGAACCUCCAACUGCAGCCCAGUCUGGACCUUCAGAAGAACCAGCUCACCUCACGCUCCCGCCACCUACAGGAGCUCUACGACAACUAUCAGCUACGCAAGUCCACACUCUACCAUGGUUCAGGCAACAGCUCUCUGGACAUUCUGCUGGCUCUGCUGCAAGCUGAGGGAGCCAAGAUAGAAGAGGAGACUGAGAACAUGGCAGACUCGUUUCUGGAUGGAGAGCUGGCUCUGGACUGCUUUAUCGAUGACUACCAGCGGAGGCGCCAUCUUGCUCACGUGCGCCGUGUAAAGAUUGACAAACUUCGAGAGCUGGUGUUGAAGGGUCUCACUAGAUCCCAGCAGACCCCUACCCAGCCCAGUCGACCCCAGGACUUCCCCUCUACCCCCUACACAAAUGGAGCCCUCUCCCCCCAAUCUACGCAAGCUGCCCCUCCUCCCUCCCCUCAGCACAGCGGCCUUUCAUACCAAGUCGCCCCGUAUCCCGCCAUGCCUUUCCCCAGCCAGGGUCCUCCAGGCUACCCCAGCAGCCCCUACCCUCAAUCCCCCCAGCAACACCCCACCUCCCCAUGCCUGCCCCCCCGAACUGGCUUCAUCAUGCAGUGAGGGGGGGGGGGGUCUGUCACCAUAGAAACACCAUGGAUGAUGACCCUAUCUACCUUUGACCCAACAAUGAGUGUUGGUGACUUAACCAAUGACAGCCUGUCAGUAACAGGGAAAACUCCUGACAGGCUCCCUCAGACUCAAUCCAGUAGCUACAGCCUGGGGGUUGAUUCUCUUAGGUUUUUAUUCUAAGACUAGCUUUCUGAUUAAUCUAAAGACAUAACUCUCUGACUGGUAUUUAUAUGCUGUGUAGAUGAGAUGUAGUUUUUGUAAACUGAAGGUGGUGUCUUCCUGUGCGCACACUUGAGUAUGUGUGAAGUUGUGUGUAACCCCAAAGGUCAGGACAGGUGGUGUGAUAAUAGUUAACCCUAAAGUUCCUAUUCUUCUAAAGGAAGGAGUCCGGUAUUGUCACAAAUAUAGCUAGUCCAUCAACUGUGAACAGAACUACUCAAAUAGAUUUCAAUUCAAUAUGAAUUGUAAUCUAGGUGCUUUCCUAUUCAUUGGUGGAGGUUCUUUCCAGUAGGUAGGGAGGAUGCAAGUCCAGGAAUAUACUAUGUUAUUUUAUAAGGGAACAUAAACAUUUUGGGAUGGAUUUGAAUGACCUGCCAAAGAUGUUCUCAUCUUACCUACUGACUUGGCACUUUGUUUUGUAUACCGGUAUAAGAGGUAGUUAUACCCCACCUAACUGGAAGAUGGAUAUGGAAAAUAACCAUGCAACCUAAAUUAAUGUCAAAGUUGCCAUGUGGGGAAAAGAGAUCUACAGCUGGCUGUACAUCUAUAGUUUGCUUUGCUCAUACAAGCUCACCUCAAGGAAAACACAUGGGGGUUCAAAAAUGAAAUGGUGCAGGGAACAUUUAAAAUAUGAACUACAGUAGUCCCUGGUACUGUACAUCUGAUCUACACUCCCUAGGAACAAACAUUCAUGGUUUAAUGGUAGACUGACAGGUUGAAUUUCCCCAAUUUCAUCCAAAUCAAUAAAUGUUUUAUAACCAAUACUAAGGUGUUCUAUGCCUGAUGUGUUUGUUGCUAUCAACUGAACACAGUGGGUAAUUGAACUAUUGUGCUGAUGUAGUAAACUUUGCCCCCAAAAUACUGACUAACCAAUAAUUAACAUGCCAAGUGCCUUAAAUGUUUAGAAGCAUAGAUCAGUGUGAAUUAAUUAAUCCAUUGCUUAUUUACCUUGAAGCCGGUGGGGCACCAGUCGACAAACUGGAUGGUGCGUUUGGUCUUGAUGGUGGCGAUGGCAGCAUUGACGUCCUUGGGCACCACAUCCCCACGGUACAGCAUGCAGCAGGCCAUGUACUUCCCGUGGCGAGGGUCACACUUCACCAUCUGGUUGGCGGGCUCGAAGCAGGCGUUGGUGAUCUCUGCCACAGAGAGCAUCUCGUGGUAGGCCUUCUCAGCAGAGAUGACCGGUGCGUAGGUGACCAGAGGGAAGUGGAUACGGGGGUAGGGCACCAGGUUGGUCUGGAACUCUGUCAGGUCCACGUUGAGGGCUCCAUCGAAACGCAACGAGGCAGUGAUGGAGGAGACAAUCUGGCCAAUGAGCCUGUUGAGGUUGGUGUAGGUAGGACGCUCGAUGUCCAGGUUACGACGGCAGAUGUCGUAGAUGGCCUCGUUGUCAACCAUGAAGGCACAGUCUGAGUACUCCAGGGUGGUCAGGAUAGAGUUGUAGGGCUCCACCACUGCUGUAGGGCAGGGUAAAUGACAAACUCCAGUUUGGACUUUUUGCCGUAGUCCACAGACAGUCUCUCCAUGAGCAGCGAAGCAAAACCUGAGUCAGUUUCACCACCAAAACUGUGGAAGAUCAGGAAGCCCUGAAGGCCAGUGCACUGGUCUGACUGGGAUGAGAAAGAACACAGGUCAUGGACAAGUGAUGGGAAGUUCGGCUCUUUUUACUGACUGAUCUCUUAAGACUCAAAAUAACAAAUCUUUCCAGGGCACCAGGACACCCUACCUGUGAACAAUGAACUGAAAACUCUAAAUAGUCAUGAUUCUACAAGCCUCUUGUUCACAUGUCGUUCACCAUUGUAAGAAAUACCAUUGUAAUAACACAAGCAUAUUGCUAUUACAUUGUUAUAACUAACUUCUUUCUAAAAAACAGGGUUUCUCACAAGCAGAAACUGAGACACACACACACCAGAGACAGAUGGCUGACACAGAACAUUCAUAAACACUGAUAAGGCAGGGAAGGCCUUGAGCAAGAGUGCUUGGGUCUGCAUCCCACGAGAUAAUGAGACACACACAUGACAGAGGGCUGACAUAAACCUUUCAUAAACACCGAUUAAAUAAGAACAUCUGCGCACACACCUAAUCUCCUAUUUUAGCUGAACAUUUUGGUAACAAAGAACUUUUGAUACAAGACUCAGAAGGAUGACGCACAGCUCAUCCGGACCAAUCUGAGAAGACAACAACCUGAUCAGGACCAACCAGAAAACCAGACUCAACCUACUUUCUGUCCUGUAUAAAAUGACUAUGUAUUUCUGUUAUCUGGGCUCUGUCUGCAGGUUCAUUACGAGCUGAAUGAACGAGUCCAUGCAUGUUUGUAUCAGAUAUCUUUACCUCUGAAUAAAACUGCUUUUUAUUAUACGAAUA